AUGGCUGAUGGAGAGGACAGCUGUGAAGAAGGAGUGUGCCUCACUCCCACUGUUUGCCACAGCAAGAUGAAUGCAAUACCUGCAAUUCAAUGCUAUUCCAGGAAAGAGAAACACACAAGUCAGAUCGCUAUGGGAAGAAGACUGAAAAAUAUCAAGCUGGAACGAUCCUCCUAUUCAGAGACUGUGCAGUUAGAAAUCUCCACAAAUGUCCUAAUUGCCAGAACUAUGAAACCUCACACCAUUCCUGAGGAUUUACUAUUGCCAGCGGCCAAAGUCAUUGUUCGAGUUAUGAUCGCAGGCAGAUUUGUUAUGAAAUUAAGUGCAAUUUCCUUAUCUAACGACACUGUCUGCAGAAGAAUAGAUGACAUGUCUGCUGAUAUUCUUGAUCAGGUAAUCCAGGAAAUUAAAUCUGCUCCACUUCCAAUAUUUAGUAUCCAGCUUGAUGAAUCUACAAACGUUGCAAACUGUUCACAAUUACUGGUUUAUGUGAGGUAUAUUAAUGAUGGCAUCUUUAAAGAUGAGUUUCUUUUUUGCAAACUUCUUGAAACGACAACUACUGCAUGUGAUGUAUUUGACACAGUUGGUUCAUUGCUGAAAGAGCGUAAGAUCUCUUGGGAAAAGGUUUGUGGUGUUUGCACAGAUGGUGCUCCAGCUAUGCUAGGAUGUCGAUCUGGAUUUUAAUGUUUGGUAUUGAAUGAGUCACCAAAAGUCAUCGGAAUUCACUGUAUGAUUCAUUGGCAAAUAUUAGCAAUGAAAACACUGCCACAAGAGUUACAAGAAGUAAUGAAAAGCAUCUUAAGUUGUGUCAAUUUUGUAAAGGCGAGCACUUUAAAUAGUCGACUGUUUUUGCAACUAUGCAAUGAGUUGGAUGCACCAAACAAUGCUCUGCUAUUUCACAGUGAAGUGAGAUGGUUGUUGAGAGAGAAAAUUUUAAAACGUGUUUUUGAGCUUCGUGAUGAACUCAAAACGUUUUUUAAUCAGAAAGCAAGACCACAGUUCGAAGCAAUUUUAGGCAAUAAAAGUGAACUGCAGAAAAUAGCUUACUUGGUUGACAUUUUUGCCAUCUUGAAUGAGUUAAAUUUAUCACUGCAAGGACCAAAUGAAAGAUGCCUCGAUUUGUCUGAAAAGAUCCGAUCACUCCAAAUGAAACUUCAGCUUUGGCAAAAAAACAAUUUGGAUGAAAAUAAAAUUUACAUGUUGCCUACCUUAUCUGCUUUCUUUGAGGAACAUGCCAUUGCCAGACAAAGGAUUACAAUGAUAUUUUCUGUGAAAGAACACUUGCACAUGCUUGCAGACGAAAUUUCAUCGUACUUUCCAAAUCUACCUGACACCCCAUUUGCACUUGCCAGAAGCCCAUUCAGAGUCAAAGUUGAAGAUGUUCCUGAGACAGCAGAAGAGGAGUUCAUUGAACUUAAUAACAAUGAUGCAGCAAGAACUGAUUUCUCUACAAUGCCAGUUACAAAAUUCUUCAAGUGUUUGCCAUCAUAUCCUGUUCUGUCUGAGACUGUGUUGCGCCUUCUCUUUAAUUAUGUUCAAUUUGUAUUCUAA